AUCCCCUGUCACAAUGAUUGACGGAAUCUCACACCCGGCGGAACUAUAUAAGAGGGGGAAAGGCGGAUUGGGCUCCAGUCAUACACAGCAGCAGAGACAGACAGACAGGGAGAGAGAGGGAGACAGACAGACAGACAGAGAGGGAGAGAGAGAGAGAGAGGAGCUGCCGGGCACUGCAACAGGAGGGGAGUAACAUCUACAGCGACCCCAGAAACAGGAGAGACGUCGCUCAUUUUCUACCGCUCAGCUGAGGAGUUCGGAGUAUUUCUAAAUAAAAUCAGUGUGUGUUGUACUAAAAAUCUCAGUCGGCUUUGGAUAUUUUCCCUGGUUCCUGCCUGCCAAUGUCGCAGUUUAGACUCAGAAUGGUUCCAGUCCUCCUCUUUUACAUUGUUUGCACCUUCCCUUUCCCCCAGACUUCGUGCACCGGUAUCUUCGAGUUGAAGGUGCACUCGUUCAGUAGCAGGCAGCCGGGAUUGAGCCGGGACUGUCAGAGGGGAAUGCGCUGCGGCCGCUUUUUCCGGGUGUGCCUCAAGCAUUACCAGGUGAACAUCUCCUCGGAGCCUCCCUGUACUUACGGCGCCGGGAACACCCCGGUCCUCAGGGCCGGCAGCGACUUGAUCCAGGACAGCGACCUCAUCCGCAUCCCCUUCCACUUCACCUGGCCGGGCACUUUCUCCCUCAUUCUCGAGGUGUGGAAUGCAAAAUCGGACGAGGCUAGUAUCGAUGACCCCGAGGAUCUGAUCAGCCGCUUGGCCACGGGCCGGCGCCUGGCCAUUGGGGAAGACUGGUCCCAGGAUGUACAGACCGGGGAGCAGAGUGAGCUGCGAUACUCCUACCAUGUGGUGUGUGAGGAGCAUUACUACGGCGAGGGCUGCUCCGACUACUGCCGCCCCAGGAACGACACCUUCGGACACUACACCUGCGAUGAGAGCGGCCGGAGGGUCUGCCUGGCCGGCUGGAGGGGGAACUACUGCUCCGAACCCAUUUGCUUGCUGGAGUGUAACGAUAAUUAUGGAUACUGUGAAAGACCAGGAGAAUGCAAAUGCCGCAUUGGUUGGCAGGGUCGUUUCUGUGAUCAGUGCAUUCGUUACCCGGGCUGUCUUCAUGGCAUGUGCCAGCAGCCUUGGCAGUGCAAUUGCCACGAGGGCUGGGGUGGCCUCUUCUGCAACCAGGAUCUCAACUACUGCACCAACCACAAGCCAUGCAAGAAUGGAGCUACCUGCACCAACACUGGCCAAGGCAGCUACACCUGUACCUGUAAACCAGGCUUCGGUGGGACCAACUGUGAGAUUGAAGUCAAUGAGUGUGAGAGCAAUCCUUGCAAAAAUGGAGGGAGCUGCACGGACCUGGAGAACAACUACACAUGCACCUGUCCCCAAGGAUUCUAUGGCAAGAACUGUGCGAUCAGCGCCAUGACAUGUGCCGAUGCUCCUUGCUUCAACGGUGGCUCCUGUACCGAGAAACCCCAUGGGGGCUAUAGCUGCCGCUGCCCCGUGGGCUUCACCGGUUCCAACUGCGAGAAGAAGAUUGACCGCUGCACCAACAACCCGUGUGUGAAUGGAUACUGCUUGGACAUCGGCCGGAGGUUCGUCUGCCGUUGCCGGACUGGAUUCACUGGCCCAAGAUGUAAGAUCAACGUGGACGAUUGUGCCAAGAACCCAUGUGCCAAUGGUGGCACUUGUAUUGAUGGUGUCAACUCCUUCAGCUGCAGCUGUACUCUCGGCUAUGGCGGCAAGAACUGCAGCGUCCGCAUGGAUGCCUGUGGCAGCAGCCCGUGCAGAAAUAAAGGUAUUUGUUACACGCAUUACACCGGCCAUGUCUGUGAGUGCCUGGCUGGAUUCAUGGGACCCGACUGCGAGUUUCGUGUGAUGCCCACCAGCCCACCUGAUGUGGACAGUCAUUUCCCAGUGGCUCUUGCCAUCUCUUUCGCUCUGGGCCUCGUCACCCUCACCCUGGUCGUGUUCGCUGCGGUGGUGAUCCUGAAGCACCUCCGGAAAAGCCAGGCUUGCCGGAACGCCGUGCGGAACGACCUGGAGACCAUCAACAACCUGUCGGAUUACCAGAAGGAGAAGGAGGCCUUCAUCAUCUCCACGGGACAUUUCAAGGUUUCCAACAAAGACGCUGAACUGAGCAGUGAUUGCCUGACUGACAAAUUUAACUGCAAACACAAACUGGAUUACAAUCUGGUGGGGGAGCUGAAGGAGGAGCAGGCUUCCAAAAAGAACCUUGUAAAUGAGAACACUGAAUGCCUGUCGUCUUGUAAACCCCCAAUAUCAUUUCAGAAGGAGGGACUGUACCACCCGAUGUACAUCAUGCCGGAGCAUGUGGAGCCGUGCAUAUUCGCAACUGAGGUAUGAAUUCCGCUCCCUCAGAUGUAAGCACUCAAGCUUCCCUUGUCUCUGAAUGUUUACAGAUCUAUUGGACAUUACGGGGUUUUAUAUUCCUGUAUUUAAUAUUUAUUCAUGCUGCUCAUUUUUGGAAUGGAUAACCUCUUUAUUGUUUAUAUAUGUAUGCAUAUAUAUAUAUACAUAAAUAUAUAUGUGCAUGUGUGUGUGUGUGUGUGUGUGUGUGUGCGUGUGUGUGUGUGCGUGUGUGUGUGUGUGCGUGCGUGUGUGUG